AUGGCGGCGCCGACAGGGUCGCCGCCGCCGCCGCCGCCGCCCGGCAAGCUCACGUCGGUGGCGUGGGAGGCGCGGCUGCCGCCUGCGGGCCCGCCGUGUCGCCUAGAUGAGGCGCUGCAGCUGCUGCAGCCCGACCGCUACCCCUCCAUCACCUCUGCCAAGCGCGCGGUGCGGCGGAGGGAGUUGCGGGUGGACGGCGUGCAGUCCACCGCCCCCUCUAUCAUGCUGCAGGGCGGUGAGCUGCUGCAGUGCAUGCAGCGGCAGGGCGCGGCUGCACUGCAGCAGUGUCCGCAGCCGGCGGCGGGUGCGGCGGAGGCGUGGAUGCCCUCCGGCGCUGCCGCGGCGGGGAGGUACAGGCUAGGCGUUGCGUAUGAGGACAGCCACCUGGCAUGCGUGGUGAAGCCGCCAGGCAUCCCAACAGACACGCCGCCCCACCGCGGUGCAGCCCGCGGUGCCAACAACGCCACCGGCAGUGCCGCCACAGGCGCCAGCCAGCCCGGCGCCGGCGCCGCCAGCGGCGCCAGCAGCAGCAGCGCCGCCGCCCAGGCCGUGCCCAGCGUGUACGAGCUGCUGGCCGCCCAGCUGCAGCCCACGGGGGAGCUGGGGGCGCUGCGGAGGCCCCGCCACGUGCACCGCCUGGAUGAGCCGACGGGAGGCCUGGUGGUGGUGGCCAAGACGCGGCUGGCGCAGACCCAGCUCAGCGCCGCCUUUAUGCAGCGCAGGGUGACGAAGCGGUACCGUGCGCUGGUGUGGGGGCGGCUGGAGGGGCGGGGCCUGGUGCGGUACUGCCUGGAUGGCAAGCGGUGCGAGACGGAGUAUGCGGCGGCGCAGCACACGCGGGUGGACUUGGCAGCGCUGGGCCUGCGCCCGGCCGCGCCGCUGGCGGCGCCUCAGCCGGCGAUCUGGGUCACGACAGUGGACCUCUGGCCGCACACGGGGAGGAAGCAUCAGCUGCGCCGGCACAUGGCGCUCCUGGGCCACCCGCUGCUGGGAGAGACGCGCUACUCCUUUGGCUAUGCCACGCAGCGGUUAGGGUCUGGGCAAGCCAUGCCGCCUGAAGACCAUGCCUGGCUUCCCGCCGACGCUGCCACCGGCGGCGGCGGCGGCUGCGCGGCCGCCCCGCCGGCGACCGCGGCAGCGCAGGAGCACGCGGUGCUGUGCCAGCCGGGCGGCGCGCUGCCUGCGGCUGCGGCGGACGUGACGCGCAGGCUGGCGUUGCCGCUGUGCCUGUGGGCGGUUGAGCUGCAGUUGGAGGCGCACCCCGCCACCGGCCAGCCACUGCACUGCUGCAUCCCCGAGCCGCCCAGCUAUGGCGCCAUUCGUGCUGCAGUGGCGGCCAGCAGCUGUGAGCCACAGUAA